AUGAGAAAGGAGGAAGUUAUACCUCGAGUCACCAAGUGUCACAGCAGGAAGGAACCUCAGCACUUCCUGCAGGAAGUGUCCUUAGCAGUGAGGAAACUAAGCCUGAAGGUUCCCUGGGCCGCCGUGACGCUGCUGUUGCUGCUAUUGCUGCCGCCCGCGCUGCUGUCGCUUGGGGUGGACGCACAGCCACUGCCCGACUGCUGUCGCCAGAAGACCUGCUCUUGCCGCCUCUACGAACUCUUGCACGGCGCUGGCAACCACGCCGCGGGCAUCCUGACUCUAGGAAAGCGGCGUCCCGGACCCCCGGGCCUCCAGGGCCGGCUGCAGCGCCUUCUGCAGGCCAACGGCAACCACGCUGCGGGCAUCCUGACCAUGGGCCGCCGCGCAGGCGCAGAGCUAGAGCCACAUCCCUGCCCUGGUCGUCGCUGUCUGACCGCAACGGCCACCGCUUUCGCGCCCCGGGGCGGGUCCGGAGUCUGAACCUGUCUUCAGUCCCUGUCCUGGUCCUAUCUUCUCCCCUCUGCUCGCCAGUGUCAGUCUCUAGGAAAAUGGCAAUAAAGACGAG